AUGGCCCCAUUAAUUCUACACAACGUACCCGACGAGGAGCUCUAUGUGGGCGACGACGGCAUUCAAAGACCCUACGCAAUGGUCUUUCCACAGCAGGACGGAUCGCUCCGGUCGAGAAAGGUGACCCACGAAACGGGUUCCUUCGGCAAGUCAACGCGCCGAACGAGGUCUAAGACGGCGACGCCAGCUAGGCGAGAAGACCCGACGAUAGCAGCGGCAGACAAAGUUUUUGGCAGUUGGCUAGCGGCUCAGAACCAGAAUGCGACACAAACAAGCGCGCCGGCGACAGGGCAACGAAGACCGACCCUCAUACCGUCCACCUCUUCCCAGAACAUCCCCCAAGCUCAGGAAGAGAACACAGCGCCGUCACAGACCCGGUUUAUCAAACAGCAGGUGCCUACCGAAGUAAUACUGCGCGGGUACCGCUCGGCGCAACAACAGUAUGCCGCUCUCAACCACUACGAGCAGCUGGCCGGCCGGGUAUGCGAAGACUACUCGCGCGAACCCCCCGUAGAGAGCCGGCGCUACAAGUCGGAGCUGCGCGACCCAGCAUUUACCCGCCGGCGCGCCCUGACUCCCGAAGAGCGCGCCAAGGUCAACAAAGCAGACAGCGGGCAGCACUGGGUGAAAGUGACGUUUGAGUCCAGCGAAGCGGCCGAUGCGGCCAUCUAUGCCUCGCCACAGAAGAUCCUGGGUCAUCUCGUGUACGCCGAGCCGUACCACGGCAUCCCCCCUCUGCGAGACGAGGCUAUCCCCGACCCCUCCACGAUGGGCAGCGUGCCGCAACGAACAGCCUCCAAUAUGCAACACCCUCGAGCCCAGUUCGGCUUGGGCACGCAACAAUCCGGUGGCUUCGAAUGGUCCCCUCCGCAAUCGCAGAUUUCGUCCUCACUCACGGCGGAUACCAGGACCGUGGCCUCCUCCGUCGACACCACCGCUUCCUCCAGCACGGUCAAGGGGAGAGCGCCAGGUCCGAGUGACGAUAGCGGCGCAGGACUCACGCCAGCAACGCAAGAAAACCCCAACGACGCAUUCUGCAGGGCCAUCCCCACUGUGCGCAAGGCUAAGCUCCUGCCCAUGGAACAGGCCCUGCUGCCCGCCCCGUCGUUCGCGCAGCGCAUCGGAAACCACAUCCCCUUCCUCCAGUGGUUUAACGGCGCCAUGAUUGGGAGCGAGGUGCCCCGCACGGAGCUGGGCGAAUUUGACUGGAACAAGGCCAGUUUGUACUGGAAGUUGAUGUGGUGGCUGGACUUCUUGCUGGGUUUGUUCGGAGGGGAAAUCCGGGAUGCUGACAAGGAUGACUGA